AUGCAUAAUGAUGUUGGAAUGGUGUCCAGUAGAAGGAAUUCCACAGGGGCGUUCCACCGCGAUGGCCCACCCAAGGACUGGUCCCAGUUUGCCGACCCCUCGCCCUCUCCUAAACUGCUCUACUCGCAGUCCUAUGUCAUCAUGAGGGGGCUGCUGGCGUCGCUGGCCUCUUUGGACUUCGCCCUGUGGUCAAGCACGAUGAAGUCCGCAUGGCGAUCGCCUGAGAGGUCGAAAUCUAAGGGGCCGGGCUGCAGGAGAGUCGCGUUCCGGCUGUUCGUGUGUUUCAUGAUCGGCAUCUUCAUCGGGUUCACGCCCUUCUUCUCGGUCGAUGUCUCUCAGAAGAUAGUCUCGAGGCUUCCGUUCGACGAUGGGGUGGAUGAUAAGGUUAAGGAGUUGGAUGCAAUCGUAGUGCAGAAAGAGGUUGAGGUGGUUGAUGAGCCCGAGGUUGAGCAGCUGAGCCCUCCGGUUCCUGCAAUGUUGGAUGAUGAGGUGGAUUUUGUCGAAGCUGCGAAACCUGCUAUUACUGAUUUGGUCAUCCCUGUGAGGAAGCUUCUGAUAGUGGUGACAAUCACUUCUGCUCGGCCGCAGCAGGCGUAUUACUUGAAUCGCCUAGCUCAUGUUCUGAAAGGUGUACCACCUCCUCUCUUAUGGUUGGUGGUGGAAUGGCCUGUUACUACCUUUGAAACAGCAGAAAUCCUCAGGUCUUCUGGGGUUAUGUACAGGCAUAUUGUCUGCAGGAAAAAUCUUACCAGUGUACGGAAGAUUGCUGUCUGUCAAAGGAACAAUGCAAUCUAUCAUAUUAAGAAGCAUCACCUUGAUGCCAUGGGGAGGUUCUUGGUUUCUAUGGAUUCUUUGUUCAUGGCAAACAAUAUUGGUGAUUCCAGAUUCCAGCCAGUACCUUGCCAAUUAUUUCCAAACAGUUCUGUUCCUGAAUGUGGUCUUCACUGGCAUAAGAAUAUUACAGGGCGCGUUGGUGCAUGGCCUGUAGCGAACCAUGAUGCAAGUAAGUACAGGGUGGUUGUAGAAGGGCCUACAUGUAAAGGAAACCGAAUCACUGGAUGGAACACAAUUCAGAAGAAGGGUGCACCUCGUCGAUUCCCAAUUGGUUUCUCUGGGUUUGCUUUCAACAGUACAAUGCUCUGGGAUCCUCAAAGGUGGAACCGCCCAGCUAUGGAUUCUGUUAUAGUCCACUCUGGUGGUAGAGGUGGUCUGCAGGAGUCACGAUUUGUUGAGAAGCUUGUUAAAAACGACCGUCAAAUAGAAGGCCUUCCAGAUAACUGCAACCGGGUCAUGGUCUGGAAUUUCGCCUUGGAACCUCCCCAGCUCAACUACCCCGCAGGAUGGUCGCUGUGGAACCACCUUGAAGUUGUCAAGGACCUGUAA